UCUUUCACAUGCGCUCCUCUGCAUAACCCUGGUGCCUCCCAGCACGAGGCAGUGUCGCCUGAACUCCACACUGGCUGUUCGGAAUGGCUGCUCCUCCCUGGUUAUCAGUACUACGCUGGAUCCUCCUCCUCACCAUUUCAGCUCAUGGGUCCUCCGUGUUGGCGUUUCUCGUGACGGAGGGCAGCACAGUGAUUUUGUCGUGUCAUUACUCAGUGAAGCACCACGGCUCGAGCCACGUCUGCUGGGGACGGGAUUGUGGAACGUUCUGGUGCAACAACAUCAUCAUACAAACAGAUGAGUAUGGCGUCAUCUCCAAAGUCUCCGACAGGUACAAGCUCAUCGGAGACGUCCUGUCAGGACAAAUGGACCUGGGGAUCCAAAAAAUACAGAAGACGGACAGCGGGCCGUACUGCUGUAGAGUGGACAUAGAAGGGUUUUUCAAUGAUAAGAAGGUGUCCUACACGUUGAGGGUCAUGAAAGGCAAGUCAUGCAGAUGCUUUAAAGUUGGAUCAAAUUUGGAAAGCUUUGUAUUUUAA